ACAUGAGAUUGCUUAUGUUUUUGGACAAAUGCGAAGUCCAGCAAGUGUUCCUGCCUUGAUUAAAACACUGGAGAAUAUGAAUGAAUUAUAUAUGGUUAGACAUGAAGCAGCUGAAGCACUGGGAUCUGUUGCAACGCCUGAAUGUUUACCAGUGUUGAAAAGAUUCAAAGAUGAUCAAGAAAGGGUUGUCAAAGAAAGUUGUGAGGUAGCAUUAGACAUGUAUGAAUAUGAGAGUUCUCAGGGGUUCGAUAUGCUGACCGUCUAA